UUGUGGACCAAGAAAAAUGCAUAACUGAGGAACCUUACAAAAACCCGAUGCAUCCUCCUCAUUCACUUGUCGCUCCUAAACCCUAGCCUCUGCGCCUGACUUCACGUUUGAACAGACUCGAUGGGUGAGGAGGUUAAGGCUAUUGUUCCAGAGUCUGUCUUGAAGAAGCGGAAGAGGGAAGAGGAAUGGGCACUGGCCAAAAAACAGGAUGUUGAAGCUGCUAAGAAGAAGAGAGCAGAGAGCCGUAAGUUGAUUUUCAACAGAGCUAAGCUGUACGCCAAGGAGUAUCAGGAACAAGAGAAGGAAUUAAUUAGAUUGAAACGUGAGGCCAAGCUUAAGGGUGGAUUUUAUGUUGAUCCAGAAGCUAAACUUCUAUUUAUUAUUCGUAUUCGAGGUAUCAAUGCCAUGCAUCCAAAGACUAGGAAGAUCUUGCAGCUCUUGCGUUUGAGACAGAUCUUCAAUGGUGUAUUCCUUAAAGUUAACAAAGCCACGAUGAACAUGCUGCAUAGAGUCGAACCUUAUGUGACUUAUGGAUACCCAAAUCUUAAGAGUGUUAGAGAACUUGUUUACAAGAGGGGUUAUGGUAAGGUCAACAAGCAGAGAAUUGCUUUAACUGACAACUCCAUCAUUGAGCAGGCGCUGGGCAAGCAUGGAAUCAUCUGCACUGAGGAUCUUAUCCAUGAGAUCAUGACAGUGGGCCCCCACUUUAAGGAGGCCAACAACUUCCUUUGGCCAUUUAAGCUCAAGGCACCUUUAGGCGGACUGAAGAAGAAGAGAAACCAUUAUGUUGAAGGAGGCGAUGCUGGAAACAGAGAGAAUUACAUAAAUGAGCUCAUCAGGAGAAUGAACUAGAUUGGAUUGUAUCAGCCUUCGGUUUUGGACUUGUGGCUUUGGAACAACUUUAAACACCAAUUUUCUUCUCGCAAGUUUUGAAAACGAGGAUGAUAAAUGAUAUUCCCAGGUUCAAUUUGAUAUUUGUUUUUCAUUCCCAUGUGAGAAUGAUGAAGCGCCUUUCAAAAUAUUGUUAUGAACAUUUUGCGAUGUCAAGUUUUAUGUUCAUUA